UCGAAAGAGUGCAGAGUUAUUUUUCAAAAUUAUUAGAAAUAUUGUGAAACAGAAGGUUAACGUAAUGGAGUGUUUGAAUGUUCCAAGAAUCCUGCCAAAUUCCCCACGGAAAGCAAUAGGACAGAUCCAGGUCAUCUUUGGCCCAAUGUUCUCAGGCAAAAGCACUGAGUUGAUAAGGCGAGUGCGUCGUUUCCAGAUCGCUCAGUACAACUGUUUGGUGGUCAAAUAUGCCAAAGAUACACGCUACUCUGAGAAGGGCAUGGCCACGCACGACAAAAACACAAUGGAAGCUGUACCAGCCAACUGCCUGAGCGACGUGCGUUCUCUAGCUCUGCAGGCGUGCGUCAUCGGAAUCGACGAAGGGCAGUUUUUCCCAGACAUAGUGCAGUUCUGUGAGGAGAUGGCCAACAUGGGGAAGACUAUAAUCGUAGCGGCCCUGGACGGAACCUUCCAGAGAAAGCCCUUUGGAGACAUCCUGAACCUGGUUCCCCUGGCUGAGAGCGUUGUGAAGCUGAACGCUGUCUGUAUGCAGUGUUACAAGGAGGCAGCAUACACCAAGAGACUGGGGGCAGAGAAAGAGGUGGAGGUGAUUGGUGGAGCCGAUAUGUACCAUGCGCGGUGCAGGAAGUGUUACGGUGGCCUGAUGGAUGUGUUGAAGGAGAAUAGCGCCCCCCACAGGGACGAGACGCCACCGCAUGUGAUGACAGGGAAACUGCUUGACAACACUACAUCGCCACGGAAACUCUUCGCCACCCUGCAACUCUGAUCAUUACCAGUAGACUAUUCUUAAAGGGAUAGUUCACACAUGACUUUAAAGGGGAAGUUGACUUGAAUUGGAACUUUGAAUGAGAUGGUGAACAAUCCCUUUGAAUUUUAGGUUUGGUAAUUUGACUGGAGAUGAGUUAAUUUUCUAAUUGGGAGUAAUGAACUAUCCCUUUUAAGUUUUGCACUUGGAAUGAGCUUGGACAAUAAAUUAAGCUCCAUCAACCCGCUGAACGGUAUGGUAUCUGUGUAGUAACUGUCAUUUUAUAGGGCUUCAUGUACUUAGUACAUAUCAUAUUUUGUAAGACUUGGAUACACCUGCUAAAACAUACAUACUGCCACGCAAUGAGUCUAGUGGACACAACUUAAUAUUCACCUGUUACUUUUUGUAGUUCUGGUCUGAUUUGCCUCCUAUCAUAAUACAAAUAUAUAUAUAUAUAU